GCGUGUAGAAGGUCGCGGUGGGGUAACAAGGAAAUUUCGUCUGUGUAUGUGGAGCUCCCCGAGGAACAGGAUGAGAGGAUCGAGCCCACAGGUCCUGGCUUGAGGAACAAGAUACAUCAAGUGACCUGAGGAAAAGGUUUCAGGACCUGGGUGUCAUCAUUUGUGGGAACACCACUGACCAAAGACUAAGGUGUCUAACCAGUUUAAGAAGAGACUAAAGACACAGCAUCCUUGUUACUGGCCAUUUCCCAGUAACAGAAGAAAAUGAUUAAGGACCAGGAAUUGCUGACACUGGAGGAUGUGGCCGUGGACUUCACCUGGGAGGAGUGGCAGCUCCUGGACCCCUAUCAGAAGGACCUAUACAGGGAUGUGAUGUUGGAGAACUACAGCAACCUGGUGUCAGUGGGGUUUCCAGCCAGCAAGCCAGACACACUCUCCAGAUGGGAACGAGGGGCACCAUGGACAAUCGAAGAUGAAUUCCUCAGUGGCAUCUGUUCAGAAAUCAAGAGAAAUGCUGGUCACUUACAGGGGCACUUGCAAAAUCAAAGAUGUCUAAAGAGAACUGAACAGUGCCAUGAACAUAAUGCAUUUGGAAAUAUUGUUCAUUGGAGAAAAAAUAAUUUUCCUCUAAGGCAAAAUCAUGAUAUAGUUGACUUGCAUGGGAAAGCAUUAAAAUCAAGUAUAAGUUUGGUCAGCCAGAAUGGAAGCUGUGAAGUAAAGAACCCAGUUGAUGUUAAUGGAGAUGUGAAAUCUUUCCUCCAUAAGCGUGAGCAGUGUCAUACCGGAAUAAAAUUUUCUGAGUGUGGAAAUUCUAUAAACACAAACUCACAAUUCAUUAAGCCUCAAAGAACUGAGAAGAAUAUAAAUAAACCCCAUGUGUGCAGUGAAUGUGGGAAAGACUUCAUCAAGAAGUCUCGCCUCAUUGAUCACCAGAGAGUUCAUACAGGAGAGAAACCUCAUGGAUGCAGCAUAUGCGGGAAAGCCUUCUCCAGGAAGUCCAGGCUCACUGAACAUCAGAAAACUCAUAUAGGAGAGAAACAGUAUGAGUGCACCAAAUGUGACAAAGCCUUCCCCAAGAAAUCGCGGCUACUUGCUCAUCAGAAAACUCACACAGGAGAGAAACCCUACGUUUGCAGUGAAUGUGGAAAAGGCUUUAUCAAGAAGUCUCGGCUCAUUAAUCAUCAGAGAGUUCACACAGGAGAGAAGCCUCAUGGAUGCAGUCUGUGUGACAAAGCCUUCUCCAGAAAGUCCAGGCUCACUGAACAUCAGAGAACUCAUACAGGAGAAAAACCUUAUGAAUGCACGGAAUGUGACAAAACCUUCCGCUGGAAAUCACAGCUCAAUGCCCAUCAGAAAACUCAUACAGGAGAGAAAUCAUAUAUAUGCAGUGACUGUGGGAAAGGCUUCAUCCAGAAAGGCAAUCUCAUUGUACAUCAGCGAACUCACACUGGAGAGAAACCCUAUAUAUGCAACGAAUGUGGCAAAGGCUUCAUCCAGAAGGGCAAUCUCCUUAUACAUCAACGGACUCACACUGGAGAGAAACCCUAUGUAUGCACUGACUGUGGAAAAGGCUUCAGCCAGAAAACUUGCCUCAUAUCACAUCAGAGAUUUCACACUGGAAAGACUCCCUUUGUAUGUAGUGAAUGUGGAAAAUCCUGUUCACACAAGUCAGGUCUCAUUAACCAUCAGAGAAUUCACACAGGGGAGAAACCCUAUACAUGCAGUGACUGUGGGAAAGCUUUUAGAGAUAAGUCAUGCCUCAAUAGACAUCGAAGAACUCAUACAGGAGAGAGACCCUAUGGGUGCUCUGAUUGUGGGAAAGCCUUCUCCCACUUGUCAUGCCUGGUAUAUCACAAGGGAAUGUUGCAUGCAAGAGAGAAAUGUAUAGGUUCAGUCAAGUUGGAAAACCCUUUUUCAAAGAAUCACAGCUCAUCACAUUCAAGUGACAGUGUACAGGAGAAAACCCCUGUUGAUAGGGUGACUGUGAAGAUGCCUGCUGUGGCAGCUCAGAUUUCAUUACACAUCAGUGAGUUCCUGGCCGAUAGGAACGUGGCCACUAUUGGACAGCCACCUGCCAGAGGCGCACCCUCAGCAGAUAGCAGAAUUGACACAGAGAAACCUUGUGAAUGCAGUUUGACUACAGGGUGAUAUGGUCAAUAUCUGUGGAGGCAUAAUGUAUGUCUGUGGUUGAGAGGCAGAAGCUUUGGAGGCCCAGGAUCCCUGUGCAGCUGAGACAGACC